AUGAACGGCUCUGUGGCCGGAAAUGGCGUCAAGGAACUGGCGAAAAGCAAAUAUCAUCCAUUUUGGAAGCUUUCCUCUCAAAUUUCGUUUGGUGUUCACCUCCUAGCGAAAAGAUUGGCCAAGUCAGAUGCGGAGGUUUUGAAGAUUCUCCAAGCCCACGUGGACGAGAUGGAUGGGUUUCUGGGAAGAACAGUGGAGGAUUUUCUCAUCAUACAACUUGAUGUGCGCACCCGGGUCCAAUAUCUUAGUCUCCCCCUAGCAAACUUAAAUGUCCUCGACGAGAUGCUGGACGACCGCCAAUUUCGCCUUGCCAUGAUGAAUUAUAAUGAAAAGAUCGAACAUGCCAUUAAUCGCUAUACCACAACAGUCAGCGACACCCUCAAAGAUAUACAAAAAGGAAAGGAAGCGAUUGGCGCUCUCUGGCAGUUCCUUGGACAAUUAGCAAAGAAUAAUGCUCCUCUAUCUAGUAAAUUAGUCGCCGUCUACAAUGCGAUGUUGGCGAAUACGGAGGGGUGGAACAUUGCUUUUUCAAAGCUUCACAGAAAGGGAGUUGCCCUUGAAUCUGCACUUUCUCAGCUCGGCCUUACCAUCACUGAGAUGCAACGGCGUGUGGGUGUGGCAAGCAGGAAGGAAGUGAUAUCUUUAAUGCACUCUUCAGAUGAUUCCUUUGCAGGUAAACAUCUACUCAGAGGAUUCGUAUCCGAAAAACGGCGGGUCUUUGGAUCAUUUUCUAUCCCAGAUAAGCCUUUACCCUGUGCCCCGGGCCUAAUCGCGACCACAGACACGUCGUCUCUCUCCAAGCAAGGAAGGUCUCGCAUGAUUGUGCAGAAGAGUCCUCCAAAUCUUCUGGGCGCCAAAGGAACUAGCGCCAAUCAUAAUAGAAAUGUGAAAUCUCCAGGCCAAGCAAGGCCUGCCAACGUCGUUGUGGAAGAUGCAAAACCUAUUACCCUGAUCCACAUCCAGGGGAAUCCUAAAAGACGAUGUUCAAAAGCUAAGCUUAUGCGAGAAGCGGGCGUAAGUGAAAGUGUCGGAGCAUCAGCACCAAGACGACCUGCCGCGGCACCUUCCAAGCCCCUUCGAUCACGAAGCACUUCACUAGAACAGUUGAAAGCCUUGUGUAUGUGCAGAAAGGAGCAACAACAGAGUAUGGAAAAGUUGCCAGCUCUACCCUAUCCUGAGCGAUCCUUUACCGACCAAAAGACGGCCAGACAGGAUACGAUGAAGGAACAGCUCUUGCAAUAUUUCAAAGCGGACCGGAAAAAAGGACAUCUAUGGAGCAAAUUUCGCGCCAAACCGUCGAACACCCCCGUACCGUUUAAAGAACUACAGAUGAAGCUCUUCGAAGAUGACUUGGGACAAGAAGUAGCUUGGCUACAGGAGGAAACAAAGGCGCUGAAAAUCUAUUGUUUGCCAAGACGCAAUGUUGCACCUCGAAUCCAUGCCCUUUCAGUCCAUAUCAAUCUAGUCCAGGAGCUCGAAGACGGAAACGCCACAAGCGACGAAUACGGUACUGAAUGCUUGGUUGGAGAUGGGCGGUCAUCCCUAACAGCUCUUCCACCGGUGCCACCUCCCCUAGCUUCCAAACGGUCCCCGGCCUAG